ACAUAGAAAAAAAGCAACUUCUCUAUUUCUGAAACAUCGAUUGCGCGCUCUCUGUCUGUUGUUUGGCGCGCAGCAUCGGUCGUUCUGAAACAAUUUGUCACGUGCCACGAGGAAAGAAAAGAUGAAGCUUAGAAAAUGUUUCCGAAUAAAUGAUAAUAGUAAAGAUGCGUGUUAUUUUUGUAAAAUUUCGCGAGGUAACGCAAAAAUAUCCUAUUGUAAGAGGGAUGGCCUCAUACACUAUUAUAUGGCCUACAGGAUCUUUAAUACAACAAAAAAUUAUAGGAAACGACGAAUUAAAUUACAUGCAAGCAUUGAGAUUUAGCUUGUAUGGUGGUUUUUUUGUGGCACCAACACUAUAUUGUUGGCUAAGAUGUUCUUCAUAUUUUUGGCCAAAGUCAGAUCUGAAGUCUGCAAUUACCAAAGCUUUAGUAGAACAAGUUACAUACGGUCCUGCUGCAAUGUGCUGUUUUUUCUUUGGUAUAAACCUCCUUGAAAUGAAACCAGUUGCAGAAUGUAUUGAAGAAGUGAAACACAAAUUUUGGCCCACUUAUAAGGUUGGUGUUUGUGUGUGGCCCAUUUUACAAACAAUUAAUUUUGUUUUGAUCCCAGAACAUAAUCGUGUAGUUUAUGUAAGUUUUUGCAGUUUAAUUUGGACAUCUUUUCUUGCCCACAUGAAAGCACUGGAGGCUAAGAAAAAUCAUGUGGAUAAAAUAAUUAAUAAUGUACAAAUUGCUGAGAAUACUCAUACUCUUAAGCCUGUUAGUGAAACACAAAGUGAAAAUAAAAAAGUGUCCAAUAUAUGAUGAAAGUUUAUAAGAAA